AGUUUUUGUCUUUUAAAACAACAUCUGUCUAUCUAAUACUGAUACAAAAAAUCAAUAGCUAGCUUCACUUCUGUUUCAAGCAAAAACAAGAAACCAUAAUAAUAAUAAUAUACAAGAAAUGGGAUGGAAAGGGAUACUUGGUUUUGAGUAUGGAAUAGUGCAGGCACCUUUAGGACCUGAUAUUUCUGGUCCUGAGCUUGUUGCAGCCGUAGCUAAUGCUGGUGGCAUCGGUAUCCUCCGUGCUCCUGAUUGGGAAUCCCCAGAUUACUUAAGGGAGCUCAUCAAGAAGACAAAGUCUUUGACCGACAAACCUUUUGGAGUCGGCAUUGUUAUGGCAUUCCCUCACAAAGAGAAUCUGAAGUGUGUCCUUCAAGAGAAAGUUGCAAUCUUGCAGCUUUACUGGGGAGAAGUUACCAAAGAUAUAGUCUUCGAAGCACAUCAAGCAGGGGUCAAAGUUGUUCCACAGAUUGGAACCUUUGAAGAAGCAAAGCAUGUUGCUGAUGCUGGUGUGGAUGCUAUAAUUGUUCAAGGAUACGAAGCAGGAGGACAUGUUAUUGGUCAGGAAGCAUUGACUGCGUUGGUACCACGUAUAGUUGAUCUUGUUGCCUCUAGAGGAAUACCGGUAAUUGCUGCUGGUGGAAUAGUGGAUGAACGAGGCUAUGUGGCUGCAUUGGCCCUUGGAGCUCAAGGUGUUUGCUUAGGCACCAGGUUUCUUGCAACUGAGGAAAGUAAUGCUCACCCUACAUACAAAAGUAAGCUAGUCGAAAUGAGCAAAACCGAGUAUACAGACGUAUUUGGACGUGCCAGGUGGCCAGAUGCACCUCAACGUGUCCUGAAAACGGCUUUCUUUAUGGAAUGGAGAAAUCUACCAAGCCACGAGAAUGAGGCUAAUCAACCGGUCAUUGGCCAUUCAACGAUUCAUGGAAUGGAGAAAGACAUUCGUCGAUUUGCUGGUACAGUGCCAAAUAAAACGACAACUGGGGAUAUUGAAAGCAUGGCCAUGUAUGCAGGUGAAGGCGUUGGACUUAUCAAGGAUAUCUUACCGGCUGCUCAAGUAAUUAAGAUGCUUGUUGAAGGUGCUCAGACUUUGAUCCGACAACAGCUCUCAACUUGAGUUUGUAUACUGUAGCAAAUUUUAUUACAGAUGGUGCUGAGACAACAAUAUAAUUAUGUCGCCUCAGAGUGGUUUCUGACGUAAUUUAGAAAAAUGAUGAAAUAAAUGUUGUAUGAUCCUGAAAUGUUCCAUUUGGAUUACCCUGAAACCUUUGGUUUCUUACCAACAUGGCAACAUGCAACUAUCUUGUAUGGUGAAAGUUAGAAAUGAAUAAUGUUUUUUUUUUCA